AUGCAUUGCAGUGCAAAAGGUCUCUUGGUUUCUCUUGUUUGCAUCUUUGUUGGGUUGAAUGGCAUUCAUGCUGAUGAGGGGGCAGGGUUGAUUUUGGGUUGUGGGUUGGAUGAAGGAGGUGGCGUAGAUGAUGAUGGAAGAGAAUGGAGUCCUGAUGAUAAGUUUCUUCAGACAAAAGCUAACACAGUCACAUCCAAAGCUUCCUACCAAGAACCUUCUCUCACGUCUGUGACACCAUACAUGUCAGCACGAAUUUUCAUGUCUGAGACAGCAUAUAAAUUCCCCGUUCAACCAAAUAAGCGAUACUGGCUCAGGCUCCAUUUUUAUCCCUCUCUUUAUGGCAGUUUCGAUACCUCUGAUUCAUAUUUCUCCGUGACUGCAAACGGGGUUACCCUCCUCAACAAUUUCAGCUCCGCAAUCACUUGUGAGGCUCUCUCACAAGCUUACAUUGAUAGAGAAUACUCCCUUGCACCUUUGAAUUCAGAUACAUUGAUUCUCAAUUUCAAACCUUCUGAUAAAUACCAAGGGGCUUUUGCUUAUGUCAAUGGCAUUCAGCUGAUCCAAAUGCCCGACUUGUUUGAUUCUGGAGUGUUGGUAGGGUAUGAUGACCAAACAAUAGACAUCAAGAGCUUGAAUUUGCAAACCAUGUUCAGACUAAACGUUGGUGGACAGUACAUAUCUCCAACCAAAGACUCUGGCCUUACAAGGGUGUGGUAUGAUGACACACCUUACCUUUACGGUGGAGGCACUGGUGUGACCAACGAAGUUGAAACGUCUGUCGCAAUCGACUACCAGACCAUGCCAAAGUACAUUGCUCCUUUUGAUGUCUACUCCACUUCAAGAUCAAUGGGGAAUGAAAAGGAUGUCAACAUGGGGUACAAUCUCACGUGGGUUUUCCAAGUUGAUCCCAAUUCAAUGUACCUUGCAAGGUUGCAUUUCUGUGAUUACUAUUACUCCAGGGUCAAUGAGAUUGUUUUCAACAUCUAUCUGAACAACCAAACGGCACAGGCUCAAGCUGAUGUGAUUGGGUGGACAGGAGGUAAAGGAGUGACAACUUAUAAGGACUAUGUGAUAUUUGUCCCAGAUGGAGAGGGUGAUGAACAACUUUGGCUUGCUCUUCACCCUGCACCAGACUCAAAGCCUGAGUACUAUGAUGCCAUGCUCAACGGAGUGGAGAUAUUCAAGAUCAAUGAGACAGACUUGUCUGGUCCCAAUCCUGAGCUUUCGGAUAUGCUACUCAGGCAGCAUGAAUUGGAUGAAGAGGAUUUCGGUUACCACAGAUCAUAUCAUAGGCAUGCUGUUAUUGGUGGAGCUGCUGGAGGUGCCGCUGGUUUUGCUUUUAUGGCUGUACUAUGUGUUGCUGCUUACAACAAGAAGAAGAGAGUUCCAAGAUCUGAUGGUCACACAAGCUGGCUCCCCGUCUACUUGAACAAUCACUUCAGCAAAUCCAGCUCCUCUACGAAGAGCAUUAGCAAUGCCAACUUGUCUGCCAUGGCUCAAGGUCUUUGCCGCUAUUUCUCCUUGCACGACAUAAAACAUGCAACCAAGAACUUUGAUGAGUCCAACGUCAUUGGGGUUGGUGGAUUUGGAAAGGUGUACAAGGGUGUCAUUGAUAAUGGACUGAAGGUGGCAAUUAAGAGGUCAAACCCGCAGUCAGAACAAGGAGUUAAUGAGUUCCAGACAGAAAUAGAGAUGCUUUCCAAGCUGAGACACAAGCAUCUGGUGUCCUUGAUUGGGUUCUGCGAGGAAAAUAAUGAGAUGUGCUUGGUUUAUGACUACAUGGCUCUUGGCACAAUGAGGGAGCAUCUUUACAAGGGCAACAAGCCUUUGUCUACUCUAUCAUGGAAGCAAAGGUUGGAAAUUUGCAUUGGAGCUGCAAGAGGGCUUCACUACCUUCACACGGGGGCCAAGUACACCAUCAUUCAUAGAGAUGUCAAAACAACAAACAUUCUCUUGGAUGAAAACUGGAGUGCCAAGGUUUCUGAUUUUGGCUUGUCAAAAACGGGGCCAAAUGUGAACAGUGAUGGUCAUGUUAGUACUGUGGUGAAGGGUAGUUUUGGCUACUUGGAUCCUGAAUACUUCAGGAGGCAACAGUUGACUGAAAAAUCGGAUGUCUACUCAUUUGGGGUAGUUCUGUUUGAAGCCCUGUGUGCCAGGCCUGUUCUCAAUCCUAGCCUUCCAAAGGAUCAAGUUAGUCUUGCAGAAUGGGCAUUGAUUUGCAAGCAGAAAGGAAAUAUAGAGGAUAUCAUUGAUCCGUGUCUCAAAGGAAAGAUUAAUCCAGAAAGCUUGAAAAAGUUUGUAGACACCGCGGAGAAGUGCUUGUCUGAUCAUGGUGUUGAUCGUCCCUCCAUGAAUGAUCUCUUGUGGAAUCUUGAAUUUGCUCUCAACCUGCAAGAAAAUUUUGAAGGUGGUUCAACUCGUUCUGCUCGUAUUGAGGAACCUGAGUUUGAAGAAGUAAACUUGGGAGACAAGGACAUAACAGCAAGCCAUUAUAAAAACCUGAGCCUCGGAAGUGAGAAUGAGAUUAGGGACGAUUCCAUUGAGAAACCGGCUGCCAUCUUCUCAGAACUCGUGCUUCAAAAAGGACGAUGAAGAGAAGUGCUCUGAAUACAUUGUUGUUUUGCUGUAUUCGAGCAUUCAUGGAAUUCAAGCAAAUAAAACCGUUUAGUUUGCCUUGUUUUCAAAGUAUUUCUUGGGUUUCUUAUUUUUUAACCUUUCCCUAACACGACUUUUUUUUUUACUUAAUGAAACUUCUUUUUUAUUUUA